AUGGAAACAAUCAAAGACCUAGAUGCUGUCAAAGACAUUCUAUCACCCGGUGCUUGCUUUUCACCAGGAACCCUACGUUCUUUUCUGCGACUCUCACGCAAACACUCAGACGAUUCAUUAGUGACUGCUCUUCCGCGUGUCGGGUCUUGUGCAAAGUGCAUUUCCGAAACUCUAUUCCCGGCAUGGGUGGCGCGCGACUAUAUUCUUGAGUACUGCGACGACGUGGCCCGUACAUUUGCAGUUGCUGCUAGUCAUAACGCUGAGCCCGUUUCUGAAUCCGGAACAGAAACGGAAAAAAAGGUGGACCCGCGGUUCGACCCAUACGGAGCUAGAGAUUAUGGCAAGACUGAAGCCCCACCAGAGGAUGCUGUGCGCGCUUGGAUCAGCAGCGAACGCAUGGUGGAGGAAAUUGUGCGAGACGACUCGGUCCGGUUUUUGGCAGACAAGUGCGGGCCUAUAUUUCUGGAAGCAUCGCCAACGUCUACUCGUCUGGCCACAAGCCCUGAAUCAUACAUGAAAGCCUACGACUCGUAUAAAAAAAUUCACCAGAAUUAA